CCGACUUGUUCGCACGCUCGUGAGCGCCAUCGCGACAAGACACGUCACCAAACUUUCCCAACUUUCAACGCGUUCCGAUUCCCUCUCGCAAGGAAUAUUGUGCUGUCCUGUUGUUCUGUGUUGUGUUGUUGAUGUGGUGGAUCGUGGUAUGAAAAUGCGGGGCGCCGGGGAGGCGUUCUGUCUUCUGCUGGUGGCCACGGUUGCCGCGGCCCAAGUCGACACGAGGCAUCUAUCAGGCGACAUAGUAUGUCCGACGGGCAUGUUCAAGUGCCCCGAGGGCAAGUGCAUCCCGGCGCUGUGGGUGUGCAACUACCAAAAAGACUGCGAGUUGGGAGAAGAUGAGUUUCAAGCUUGCCCGCCGCCCGAGUGCGAGGCGGGCCAGCUGACCUGCGGCCAGUACGUGUUCAACAAGACGUACUGCAUCCCGCCGCACCAGCGCUGCGACAUGCACGUCGACUGCGUGGACGGCACCGACGAGGCCGACUGCAUGUACCGCAAGUGCCAGACUGAUGAUUUCCAGUGUGGCGUGGAGGGCGCGGGGCACGGCAAAGUGUCUUCACAGGGGCCUUGUAUACCUAAGGAAAAGAAAUGUGAUGGCUACCUAGACUGCAGAACAGGCAAGGACGAGCAGGACUGCCCGGGGCAGAGCCUGGCGUGCCGACUAGACCAGUUCCGCUGCGCUUCAGGCACCAAGUGCGUGGACGCCACCGCCAAGUGCGACCACAAAGACGACUGCGGGGACAACUCGGACGAGGCGCAUUGUAGUUUCCCAGCCUGCCACAUCGGUCAGUUCCGCUGCAGCAACGCGCUCUGCAUCCCGGCGACGUACCACUGUGACGGCUACAAGGACUGCGCCGACGGCUCCGACGAGGCCAACUGCACCGCCAUCGCCUGCCCCGACAACAAGUACCUCUGUCCCAAAGGCGGCCCCGGAGGGACCCACAAGUGUAUUGCCAGGAGCCAGCUGUGCGACGGCAAGAAGGACUGCGAAGAUAAUGCUGAUGAGGAGACUGCUUGUUCGACUGCAUCAUGCCCAGCGCUGGAAUGCGAGUACAAGUGCGUGGCUUCGCCGGCGGGCGGCGCGUGCGCGUGCGGCGCGGGACUGGCGUUGGCCGCCGACAACCGCACGUGCGCCGACCGCGACGAGUGCAAGGAGUGGGGCUAUUGCCACCAGCUGUGCGUCAACACACCCGGCUCGUACCGCUGCGCGUGCGCGCCCGGCUACCGGCUGGUGGACGGCGGCCGCUGCGCCGCGGAGGGCGCGGGCGGCGCGGGCGCGGGCGCGUGGCUGGCGCUGGCGCACGGCGCGGGCGUGGUGCGAAUGGAGCUUCAUGGACGAGCGCCCGCGCCGCUGGCGAACGCGUCUGCUGCUGCCGGCCUCGACUUCCAUUAUAAGAAGAACCUGCUGUUCUGGUCCGAUUUGAAGACGAGGAAGAUCCACUCGCAACAACUGAGCGCGCCAGCGGGACUCAACAGCUAUGCAGGAGCCGCCAUAACCGUAGCAGGCUCGUGGGCGCCGACCGCGCUCGCCGUGGACUGGGUCGGCGACAAGCUGUACGUGGCCGACGCCGUGGGGCAGAAGAUCGACGUCUUCGAGCUGGACGGACGAUGGCACGCUGUGGUGCUGGGGUCCAAUCUGACAAGUCCUGCUGAUAUUGCGCUGGAUCCUACUGUGGGGUUCAUGUUCGUGGCUGAUAGUAGUCAGAUUAUCCGAGCCAACAUGGAUGGCACGCACGCCAAAUCGAUUGUAUCCGAAGCUGCUUACAAAGCCUCCGGUAUCGCUGUGGACAUCAUCGCGAAACGCGUGUUCUGGUGCGACUCCUUGCUCGACUACAUCGAAACAGUGGACUAUGAUGGCAACCACAGGUUCCUGGUACUCAGAGGACAGCAGGUCCCCAGUCCCUCCAGAUUAGCGUUAUUCGAAGACCGAGUCUACUGGUCCGACAGCACCAAACAAGGCAUCAGCUCGGUCAACAAGUACGAAGGUGCCUCCAGCAUCCAGGCCAUAUACAAGCAGAAGGACAUCCGAGACCCCAAAGCUAUAACUGUGAUACAUUCUUUAAAACAAACCUCAGUAAACAACCCUUGCGGGAACAACAACGGCGGCUGCUCGCAAAUGUGUAUAGUGACCGCUCUGCCCAACGGUGGGCUCGGCUACCGAUGCGCCUGCAACAUUGGCUACAGACUAGGAUCUGACUUAAGAAACUGUGAUCUCGUCAAAGAGUUCCUAAUGUAUUCCCAGCAGAGGUUCAUCAAGGGAAAGGUCUUGAAUCCCGUGAUAGAAGGAUUCAGUGAAGCUAUUUUGCCAGUCGUGUCUAGAAGGGCGCGAUUUGUAGGUCUAGAUUUUGACUCAAGAGACGAACAUAUUUACUAUUCGGAUGUCUUACAGGACGUCAUAUACAGGGUGCACAGAAACGGGACGACGAGAGAGAUCGUUCUCGCAUCCCAGAACGAGGGCGUGGAAGGUUUAGCUGUCGAUUGGGCAUCCAAAAACUUGUACUACAUCGAUUCUAGGAAAGGAACACUUAACGUUCUAUCGACACGAAACGUGGCUUACAAAAGGACUCUCCUGAAAGACUUGAAAAGACCGCGAGCUAUCGUCGUUCAUCCAAACAAAGGUUACAUCUUCUUCUCCGAAUGGGACCGCCCGGCGAACAUCAGCCGAGCGAACACGGACGGAACCGGUCUUCUGGUCUUCGAGAAUGUCACUCUUGGAUGGCCCAACGGUCUAUCGAUAGACUUCGAAGAGGACAGGAUUUACUGGUGCGACGCUUUACUAGAUCACGUUCAGCACGCCAAAAUGGACGGAACAGACGUGAAGACCGUGAACUCUAGGCUAAUAAGGCAUCCGUUCUCGAUCGUCAUCCACAAGGAGUUCAUGUACAUCACCGACUGGAGACUGGACGCGAUAGUCCGCCUGCACAAGCUCACAGGCGAGCAGGAGGACAUAAUGGUCCGCGAGCCGCAAACGAACCGGUUGUACGGCGUCAAAGUUUACAGCGAGGAUAUCCAGAAGAUUGAUCCCAUGCAGCCGUGCGCGAGAAACAAUGGCAACUGCCAGAAGCUUUGCUUCGCGAUACCGAGAAACAACACGGAGCUGUUGACUGUAAAGUGCGGGUGUCCCUAUGGAGAGAAGCUGGCGAACGACGGCACCACAUGUGUUGCAGAUCCGAACUCGGAGCCGCCGGUGCAGGCCUGCCCCAACUCCUGGGACUUCACGUGCAACAACCAGCGCUGCAUCCCCAAGAGCUGGGUGUGCGACGGAGACGACGACUGCCUGGACAACAGUGACGAGGAGUUCGCUAACUGCACGAAGUCAACGUGCGGCCCUUCGGACUUCAUGUGCAAAUCCGGUCGCUGCAUCCCGGCGACAUUCAAGUGCGACAGCGAGAACGACUGCGGCGACUACUCGGACGAGGCGGGCUGCGUCAACGUGACGUGCAGCUCGUCGCAGUUCCAGUGCGACAACGGCCGCUGCGUGCCCAGUACUUGGAAGUGCGACUCCGAGAAUGACUGCGGCGAUGGAUCUGAUGAGGGCAGCCACUGCGCGGAGAAGACCUGCGCUUACUUCCAGUUCACGUGCCCGCGCACGGGGCACUGCAUCCCGGCGUCGUGGGUGUGCGACGGCGACGACGACUGCUUCGACAAGCAGGACGAGGCCGACUGCCCGCCCGUGUCCUGCCUCGCCAGCCAGUUCAAGUGCGCCGACCUCAAGCAGUGCGUGCAGGAAGCGUACAAAUGCGACGGCAUCCCGGACUGCAACGACGGCAGCGACGAGGCGGGCUGCCCGUCCCUGGCGCCGCACCAGUGCCAGCCAGACAAGCAGUUCCAGUGCCGCUCGUCCGGCAUCUGCAUCCCCACCACCUGGUACUGCGACGGCACGCCGGACUGCGAGGACCUGUCAGACGAGCCGACGAUCUGCGGCACGGUGCAGUGCGCCGCCAACUACUUCCGCUGCGACAACGGCCGCUGCGUGUUCAAGGCCUACGUCUGCGACGGCAACGACGACUGCGGCGACGGCUCCGACGAGGGGCUCAAGCACGCCUGCAAGCCGCCGCCGUUCAGAUGUCCAUCGGGUCAAUGGCAAUGUCCUGGAGUGACUGGUCGCUGUGUCAACCUCACGCAAGUGUGCGAUAACAAGUUCGACUGCCCCAACGGUGCUGAUGAAGGUUCGAGCUGCGACUUCGCGGAGUGCGAGCACCAGAGCGGGCUGUGCUCCAACGGCUGCAAGCAGACGCCGGGCGGCCCGCUGUGCCUGUGCCCCGCCGGCGAGGAGCUGGGCGCCGACGGGCUCGCCUGCCGCGACAUCGACGAGUGCGACCCUCCCGGGCUCUGCUCCCAGGUCUGCACCAACACCAAGCGCUCCUACGCCUGCUCGUGCACGCCCGGCUACCGCCUGGCCGCCGACAACCACACCUGCAAGGCCGACAACCACUCCAGCGCCUUCCUCAUCAUCUCCAACCGCCACUCCAUCCUCGUGGCCGACCUCAACGAGCAGGGGCUCGAGCGCGUGCCCAUCAACGUCGAGAACGUCGUCGCCACCGCCUCCAAUAUGCACACCGGCACAAUAUUCUGGUCCGACAUGAAGCUGAAGAAGAUCUCGCGGUUGGACCGCGGCAGCGAACCUCAGGUGAUCAUUUCGACAGGAUUGGAUCUGGUGGAGGGGCUCGCCUACGACUGGGUCGCCGGAAAUAUUUACUGGCUCGACAGCAAACUGAACACGAUCGAAGUGGCCAAGGAGGACGGGAGCUCCCGGACCGUUCUGCUGAGCGGGAACAUCACGCAGCCGCGAGGGAUGUGCCUGGAUCCCGCGCCGAAUGCGCGCUGGCUGUUCUGGACCGACUGGGGCGAGAACCCUCGCAUCGAGCGCGUCGGCAUGGACGGCACGCAGCGCUCGGCCAUCAUCACGACCAAGAUCUACUGGCCUAACGGUCUCACCCUUGACACGGCGACGCAGAGAGUGUACUUCGCCGACUCCAAAUUGGACUUCAUCGACUUCUGCUACUACAAUGGAACGGGAAGACAGCAAGUUUUGGCCGGAAGCCAUUACUUAUUGCACCCUCAUUCGCUGACGCUUUUCGAGGACACGUUGUACUGGACGGAUCGUCAGCUCAAUAGGGUGCUAUCGGCGCAUAAGUUCAAAGGAUCGAACCAGACGGUCGUGUCUCAUUUGAUAUCUCAACCCUUAUCGAUUCACGUUCACCAUCCUUCGCUGCAGCCGCAGUACGACUCGCCCUGCAAGAAGAAUCCCUGCCAACAUCUGUGUCUAUUAAGUCCGAACGCGAGCGUAGAAUACACUUGUAUGUGCAAGCCUGGCUACAAACUGCACGCCGAGGGAAAAUGUGUUGAAGAGGAAUCUUCAUAUCUGAUGAUCCUGAAGGGAUCGCAGAUAAUCGACCUGUCAUCGGAUGGUUCUGGAAGAGCCGGACAGUUAGCUUCAGUUGUAGGAAUCCAAGGUGGAGUUCAACUGGACUACGACCGACAAGGCCACACGCUGUACUGGCUGCAGUCCAUAUCGGGCGACAGCGAGGACGACGAGAACUGCACAAUCUACAGUAUGCCUUACGGCGGAGGGAACAAGGUCGAAUUCCUCGGAGCGGAUACCGGCAUCGUGGGCGCGCCGUCGGCCAUCGCCUUCGACUGGAUCGGCCGCAACCUGUUCAUGGCGAACCGCGCGGCCAGCAACAUCGAGAUGGUGAAGGUCGACGGGAAAGUCAAGUACCGCACCAUCGUCAUGGCCAACGACGGCAGCAAGCUGUCCGUCGGCAAGCCCAGAGCGAUCGUCCUGAACCCUAACGACGGGAAGAUGUUCUGGUCGGACGAGGGCGGCUACGGCGUGCCGGCCAAGAUCGGGCGCGCCAACAUGGACGGCUCCGACCCCGUGGUCCUCGUCAGCGACGUGGAGCGGCCGGCGGCGCUGGCGCUGGACGUGGAGCGGCGCCUGCUGUACUUCAGCACCGCCUUCCCGCCCGGCGUGGCCUCCGUCGACACCGACGGCAACGACCGCAAGGACAUCCUCAGCGAGGCGAACGGCAUCGCCUACCCCAAGGUCAUCGCCGUGCUCGAGUCGCGCCUCUACGUGCUCGACCCGCGCCACGAGAAGAUCAUCAAGGCCGACCUGCCCAACGGCGACAACAUCAAGACCAUCAUCGACAACGAGAGCGACCUGAAAUCGAUGACCGUCUUCCAGAAGCGGAAGGCGGUGCACCACCCCUGCAUCCAGAACAACGGCGGCUGCGAGCAGAUUUGCAUCCCGGCCGAUGGAGGAUCGCGCGUGUGCGGCUGCUCCGUCGGGUACCGCAAGGAGAACGAGGUCAACUGCGUGCCCUACAAGACCUUCGCUGUAGUGUCGCAGCUCGACCUCAUCAAGGGCUACAGCCUGGACUCCAGCGCCGAGGCCAUGGUGCCGGUGACCGGCGCCGGCCACCACAUCCUGCACGUGGACGUGCACUUCGCCGAGAACUACAUCUACUGGGUGGAGUUCAACCGCGGCCAGUGGAACGGCAUCUUCCGCGUGCGCCCCAACGGCACCGAGCUCCAACACGUGGUCAAGGACGGCAUCGGCAGCAACGGCAUCCGCGGGCUGGCCGUCGACUGGGUCGCCGGCAACCUGUACUUCACCAACGUGUUCCCGCACGAGAACUACGUCGAGAUGUGCUGGCUGGACGGCUCCAACCGCAAGGUGCUGGUCAAGACGACCAUGGACGCGCCGCGCGAGCUGGCCGUCAACCCGCUGAAGCGCCUGCUGUACUGGAUCGACUACGGCCAGUACCCGCGCAUCGGCAAGGCCUACCUGGACGGCUCCAACUGGCAGACGCUCGUGAGCUCGGGCAUAUCCAACCCGCGGGACUUGACCAUCGACAUGCUGACCCACGACGUGUACUGGGUGGACUCGAAGCUCGAUCAGAUCCAGAAGAUAUCUUACAGCGGCGGGAGCAGGCAGCUGAUCAGAAGCAACCUGCCGAACCCGAUGGGAAUCGCCAUUCACACCGGAAGCGUCUACUGGGUCGAUAGAAAUCUGCAGACGAUUUACAAAUCCUCCAAGCUGCCCGGCAACACGUCCAUGCCCGACAAGGUCAGAUCGAACUUGCCGAAACUGCGCGAUAUAGUAAUUUUCGAUGUGAACAACCAGCCGACCGAUGAGAAUAACCCUUGUCGCAAGUUCGGAAACGGAGGCUGCGACCAACUGUGCUUCAGCUACCCUCCCGACGCCGGCAAGGGCGCCACACAUCGCUGCGACUGCGCCACCGGACAGCUGGCGGCGAACGGAAAGAAAUGCGACGUAGUCGACGAGUACCUCGUGUUCACGACCCGAACCGAAAUCCGCGCCAUCAACUUGGACCCCAAAUCGACGAACGUUCCGUUCAAACCGAUCGGCAACCUCACCAACGUUGUGGGCGUCGAGUUCGAUUACACGGACAACAAGUUGUUCUUCACCCAAAUCAGGCCGUGGGCCAGGAUCGCCUGGAUGUCCGCCAACAACCCCGAUUCUGCGGGAAUACAAAACAUCAUCAACAAAGGAAUCAACCCCGAAGGCAUCUCGUACGACUGGACCCAGAAGAAGAUCUACUGGACCGACAGCUCGAACAAUUCGAUAUACGCGAUGAACCUCGACGGAUCCGAACUGGUGAUGAUAGCCAGGGUCGAGAGACCGAGAGCCAUCGUCGUGGAUCCCUGCAACGGAACCCUCUACUACACCGACUGGGGCAGAUUCGGAACCUCCGGCAAAAUCUACAGGACCACCAUGGCCGGCUCGCUCAAGAGAGCGAUCAUCGACAAGGACCUGUCUCAGCCGAGCGGGCUCACAAUCGACUUCGACGACUACAUGCUGUACUGGACGGACGCGGUGCGAGAGAAGAUCGAGCGGUCGAAACUGGACGGCUCCGAGAGGGAGGUCCUCGUCACGGCGACCAUCUACCCGUUCGCGAUCACCGUCUUCGGGAACUACAUCUACUGGACCGACCUCCAGCUGCGCGGCGUGUACCGCGCCGAGAAGCACACGGGCGCCAACAUGGUGGAGAUGGUCAAGAGGCUCGACGACUCGCCGCGGGACAUCCACGCGUACAGCCCCAGCCGCCAGCGCUGCCAGGCCAACCCCUGCAAGCUGGCCAACGGCGGCUGCGCGCACUCCUGCCACCCCGCGCCCAACGGCACCGUCGAGUGCCGCUGCGACGACAGCGCCAAGCUCGUCAACGAGGGCCGCAUGUGCGUCGCGCGCAACGUCUCCUGCGACCCGUCCAAGUUCUUCUGCGCCAACGGCAAAUGCAUCAGCCGCAUGUGGUCCUGCGACGGCGAUGACGACUGCGGCGACGGCUCCGACGAGGACGCCAACUACUGCGCCUACCACUCCUGCUCGCCCAACGAGUUCCGCUGCAACAACGGCCGCUGCAUCUUCAAGUCGUGGAAGUGCGACCACGAGAACGACUGCAAGGACGGCUCCGACGAGGAGGGCUGCGUCUACCCGCCCUGCGCCGACGGCGAGUUCACGUGUCUGAACUCCCGCUGCAUUCCCAUGGCGCAAGUUUGCAACGGCAUCAACGACUGCAAGGACAACGUCACCUCGGACGAGACGCACGAGCGCUGCCCGCGCAACACCACGUGCCCCGCCAACCACCUCAAGUGCGAGAAGACCAACAUCUGCGUGGAGCCCUACUGGCUGUGCGACGGCGACAACGACUGCGGCGACAACUCCGACGAGGACCCGCUGCACUGCGCGCAGCGCACGUGUCCGCAGAACAGCUUCCGCUGCCCCAACCACCGCUGCGUCCCGGCCACGUGGUACUGCGACGGCGACGACGACUGCGGCGACGGCGCCGACGAGCCGCCCGAGUACUGCCGCUCCGAGGGCCGCACGUGCUUCGGCGACCUGUUCACGUGCGACAACGGCAACUGCAUCCCGCGCAUCUACAUCUGCGACGGCGACAACGACUGCCUCGACGGCUCCGACGAGGACGAGCGCCACCAGUGCAACGAGCGCAAGUGCGACGCCGACACCGAGUACACGUGCGAGGAGAACAAGUUCUGGGGCCGCGCGCAGUGCAUCCCGCGCAAGUGGCUGUGCGACGGCGACCCCGACUGCAUCGACGGCGCCGACGAGAACGCCACGCUGCACCGCUGCGCCGCGCCCGCGCCCUGCGCCGCCGACCAGUUCCAGUGCACCAACGGCCGCUGCAUCAACGAGGGCUGGCUGUGCGACCACGACAACGACUGCGGCGACGGCUCCGACGAGGGCAAGCGCUGCAACGCGCUCUACAAGCGGUGCACCGACCAGGAGUUCCAGUGCCAGAACUUCAAGUGCAUCCGCAACCACUUCCGCUGCGACGGCGAGGACGACUGCGGCGACCACUCGGACGAGGUCGGCUGCGUCAAGGAGAACAAGACCUGCCCGGCCGACCAGUUCAAGUGCAACAACGAUCAGUGCAUCGACAACAGGCUCGUGUGCAACAAGGUGGCCGACUGCACGGACGAAUCGGACGAGCCCGCUCACUGUAACGUCGACGAGUGCGCCAAGCUGGAGAUAAACCAGUGCGGACACAAGUGUAUCGACACUUUAACCGGAUACUACUGCGACUGUAACCAGGGCUACAAGCUGAUGCCCGACGGGAAGGCCUGCGCGGACAUAGACGAGUGUCUGGAGACUCCGGGCGUCUGCUCCCAGUAUUGCUCCAACACGCCCGGCUCCUACUACUGCAAAUGUAACGACCAAUACUACGAGCGCGAGGCCGAUGAGAAGACGUGCAAACGCAAGGACAACACGACGGCUUGGGUCAUAUUCACCAACAAAUACUACGUCAGGAACAUGUCCACCGACGCAACGUUGUACAAUCUCGUUCAUCAAGACCUCAUGAAUGUCGUGGCGAUCGAUUUCGAUAUCAAAGACAACAUGAUGUACUUCGCUGAUGUCUCCGCGAAGACUAUCUACCGAUCGGACUACACGGACCCCACCCCGACGAGGGAAGUGGUCAUCAGACACGACUCGCACGGUCUCGAAGGUAUUGCCAUUGAUUGGAUCGGCAGAAAACUGUACUGGCUCGACAGGCAUUCCAAGAACUUGGACGUAUCAGAGCUUGAUGGUACAAGAAGAAAGACGCUGAAGACUGGAAUCGCUGAUCCUAGGGCCAUUGUCGUACAUCCGGGCACCGGGUACUUGUACUACACAUCUUGGCAUCUCCAGGCCUACAUCGGAAAGAUGGGUAUGGACGGCUCGAACUUCAGUAUCAUUCUGAACUGGGAACAGGACAUCGCCUGGCCGAACGCUUUGACAAUCGACUACUUCACUGACAGGAUCUACUGGGCUGACGCUCAUUUGGACUACAUCGGAUCGGCUGAUCUGGAAGGCAGACACAGACACGUCGUUCUGUCAGGAUCUAAGGUUCCUCACGUUUUUGCGCUCAGUCUGUUCGACGACGAAAUUUACUGGACCGAUUGGAACCUGAAAGCUAUAAGCAAGGCCAACAAACACUCGGGCGAAAACUUGAAGAUUCUAAGGAACACCACGCACAGGCCUUACGACAUCCACGUCGUUCACCCGUUGCGGCAACUCCCGUACCCGAACCCUUGCGGAGACAACAACGGCGGAUGUUCACAUCUCUGCCUCAUCGCACCGCCUCACGAAUCCAGCUACCUUAACAUAGAAGGUUACGGCGAGGAAGGCGCCACCACUUACAAGUGCGCUUGCCCGAACCAAUUCUACUUAGCGCGAGAUAUGAAGACCUGCAUAGCAAACUGUACCGACGGUCAACACAGAUGUAACGGGCGGGACGAGAAAUGUGUGCCGUGGUUCUGGAAGUGCGACGGCGAGAAGGACUGCAUGGACGGGUCGGACGAGCCGGACACGUGUCCGGUCAGGCAUUGUCGAGCCGGCUCCUUCCAGUGCAAGAACACCAACUGCACCCCGGCUGCGACGAUCUGUGACGGCACCGACGACUGCGGCGACGGCUCCGACGAGGCUCAGUGCGCUCACGAGUGUCCGCUUCUCGAAUUCAAAUGCAGAUCGAGCGGUCGUUGUAUUCUGGAUAGCUGGAAGUGCGACGGAGACGCCGAUUGUAAGGACCACAGCGACGAGGACCCGGCGAUGUGCCACAACAGACCCUGCAACCCGGAUUCGGAAUUCUCCUGCAAGAACGGCAGGUGUAUCCCGAAACUGUGGAUGUGCGAUUUCGACAACGACUGCGGCGACGAUUCCGACGAGCCGGCCUACAUGUGCCGGCAGAAGAACUGCACCACCGGCUGGAGAAGAUGUCCCGGCGCGUCCAACUACAGGUGCAUUCCCAAAUGGUUGUUCUGCGACGGCAAGGACGACUGCAGGGACGGCUCCGACGAGCUGCCCGAGAACUGCCCGACUUGCAACUCGGAGACCGAUUUCACCUGCGAGAACAUGCGGUGCAUCCCGAAGCAGUGGCUGUGCGACUUCACCGACGACUGCGGCGACGGCAGCGACGAAGCCGAGACGGUCUGCCAGCACAAGUACAGGGAAUGCUCGGAGUCCGAGUUCAAGUGCGGCAACGGGAAAUGCAUAUCGUCAAGAUGGCGGUGCGACCACGAGGACGACUGCGGGGACAACUCGGACGAGAUGGACUGCGGCGGCUUUAAAUGCAAGAACGGCACCUUCCAGUGCGCUUCGGGCCACUGCAUCGCGGCCUACUUCCGCUGCGACGGCGACCGCGACUGCCGCGACCUGUCCGACGAGAUCGGCUGCCCGCCCCGCUACCCUGGCGGUAGAUAUUGUCCGGAAAGCAGGUUCCAAUGCGCGAACAACCUGUGCGUGUCGCAGCUGGACCUGUGCGACGGCAGCGACGACUGCGGCGACGGCUCGGACGAGGCGCCGGCCAUCUGCACCAACUUCAACUGCGACACGCUGCGCCGCUUCCACUGCGACAACCACCGCUGUGUGCCCAGAUACCAAGUAUGCGACGGGGUCGACAACUGCGGCGACGGCUCGGACGAGAACAACAUGACGCUGUGCGCGGCGCGCGCGCGGCCGUGCGACCCCUAUGCGCAGUUCCAGUGCGCCAACAAGCGGUGCGUGGAGCGCGCACAGCUGUGCGACCUGCGCGACCACUGCGGCGACGGCUCCGACGAGCGCGGCUGCCACCAGGCGCACACCUGCACUUAUCUUGACAAAGGCGGCUGCGAGCACUUCUGCACGAACCUGACGGCCCCGGCCGGCGCCGGCCCCGGCACCGGCGGCGGGUACAUCUGCACGUGCUUCCAGGGCUGGAUCAUAUCGCCCGCGGAUAGCAAGCGCUGCGUCGACGUCGACGAGUGCGCCGACGGCACGCACCACUGCUCGCAGCUAUGCACUAACCUGAAUGGAAGUUACAGCUGCGAUUGUAGAGAAGGCUUCAAAUUGGCAGACAGCCUCUCGGGCGUUUGCAAAGCGACAGACGGCGAAGUGGUCCUCAUGUUCGCCAACGGGCCCGAAAUCCGCGCCUUCGUGCAGGACAAGAACGACGAGUUCGACGUCAUCACCUCCGAGAAGAGGAUAGAGGCCAUCGACUACGACCCCAAGAGAGAGAUGGUGUUCUGGGCUGACAGCUACGACAAGACCAUCAAGAGGUCCUACAUGGUCAACGCUCUGGAGGGACAGGUGAAGACAGGCUUCGCCCAGGAUCUCAACAUGAAAGGAAACUCCAAACCGACCGCAUUGGCCGUCGACUACAUGGGCGAUAACUUGUACUGGACUGAAACCGACAGAACUGGAUCGAAACCGCGCGGACGCGUGAUGGUCGCUAGAACAGACGGAAGGUAUCGACGAGCGCUGGUGUCUGCCGGCAUCGAGAGUCCCACGUCAAUAGUCCUGGACCCGCAAAUGGGAAGAAUGUUCUGGGCUGAUGCUGGAUCCGCGCCGAAGAUCGAAAUCGCCUGGAUGGACGGCUCGAAGCGGCGACCGAUCGUGACCGAGAACAUCCGACACCCGACCGGUUUAUCGAUCGACCAGGCGAUGGACCACUCGAUAUACUGGGCCGACACGAAACUCAACACCAUCGAGAUGAUGCGCCACGACGGCUCGCACCGUAAGAUCAUCCUGCAGGGAGACAUCUUGAAGCACCCGUUGUCUUUGGAUGUGUUCGAGUCGUCGCUGUACUGGGUGACCAGAGACACUGGAGACUUGGUGCGGCAGGACAAGUUCGGCAGAGGCGUACCGUUUGUGAUAUCGAAGGACCUGGAUAACCCGUCGGCUGUGAAAGUGUACCACCCGCGGCGCUACAACACGUCAGCGGGCGGCGGCGCGUGCGCACGCGCCGUGUGCUCGCACCUGUGCCUGGCCGUGCCGGGCGGCCGGCGCUGCGCCUGCCCCGACGCCGCGCCGCAGCCCAAGCGCGCCGCGCAGGACGUAGCCUGCGACGCCGCUGUUGAACCCGAGCGUCCCCUCCCCCGAGUAUGCCCAUGCGAGAAUGGCGGCACCUGCGUCGAGGAAGAAGGCGAACUCAGCUGCGCCUGCCGCGCCGGCCUACAACCGCCGACGUGUGCCGCCGCCGCGCCUGUGACUGCCGCGCGCGCCGCCGCCGCCGCUGCUGUGAUAGUGCCGGUGUUAUUGGUGCUGGUUCUGGUGCUAGGAGCGGCUGCCGCGUGGUUCGUGAUAAGGAAGAGACCAUUCGGCAAAGGCGGCGGCCUGGGCAGUUUAGCGUCCUCGCAGAGCGUGUCGUUCCGGCAGGGCUCCAACGUGGAGUUCGGCGGCGUGGCCGAGCCCGCCUACUCGCUGGAAGACACGCGCAAGGGCCGCGACUUCAGCAACCCCAUGUACGACGCCGUCACGCGCGCGCGCGCCCAAGGCGACCCCGAGCCGCCGUUGCCCGGCAUAUACGAAGUGCCCGACGAGCUCAAGGACAAAGUGGUGUCGGCGGUGAUCUCACCGUCAUCAACGGAGACCCGCAGCGCAGGCCUGAAGCGAGGCUCAGCGGGCGCGGCGGGCGCGGGCGCGGCGCGUGCGCUGGACCCGGCGGCGGACACGGGCGCGGACACGGCGGCGCUGGUGCGCGAGGACCGCGAGUGCUAGCGCGGCGCGGGGCCGCUGGAGCCCCGCCGCCUGCGCGCCCGCGCCCCGCGUUACCUACGCCUGCCGUUCCGAGCCGACUGGCCGGUGACCCGAGCCGACUACGACGUUCCUCGCUUUAGCUGGAUGUAGUGUAGCCGUAACUUUACAUUCAUUUUUGUUCUUUUAUUCAUUGUACACACGGCCAGUGUUAACUAUCCAUUGCCGUUUUUGCUCUCGCUCUCUUUGCGAUAGAACGAGACGAUGGGCAGUUAACACUGUUGCCGAUAGUACGUUAACACCGUGAGAAUAUAAUUUCUAACGAUAGCACUGAUUUUUUAAAUAAUAAUAAAAUUAUCAGAUGGUAAAAUUGUAAAUUCGCUGCUUUGAUCGGUCAGCGUUCGACUCGUUGACUCGUCACGGGAGUUUGAAUUCGGGAACUCGAUUCUGAUCGGUCCCGAAACGAACGGUUAUUCUUUAGUAUGCGCAGUUUGACAGAGGCGCAGCAUUAAAAGCGCACUGAAGGCGACGGCUCUGUUUCGUCGGCACGCCGACUCGAAUUACGUAAUUGAUAACUUCGUUUGGACGGCACUGUCUUCGUUUAGACUAGUUAUGCUCAAAUCGAAUCAUUCCAUUCGGAUCGGUGCCGUGCAAGUGAAGAUAAAUCUUAUAUGGGCAGCGCCCUUGAUAACAUUCUCUGGAAUCGCGUGUCGUUGUUUUUGAGCCUUUCUUACUUUUAUUUUCACUUUAACCUUUAACGUUUCGAAGUUGUGUCUACAGAUGGCAAAUACUCUACGAGAGUGUUAAAUGAGGUCUUUUCAACUAUGGACACAACUUGAAAUCUUUUGUAACGUCUUUUACACAUUUUUCCUCUUCGUUUUCCGAUAAUUUUCAAGUUUAUUGUCACUCAAAGCCGACGACACUCCUUUCCAGAGAACAUUGUCAUUUCGGACCGAAGUAAUCAUAUCAGCACGUGAUAUUGUUCAUAAUCGAACGUUAUGUAUAUAGAGAGAUUUAUAAAUUUGUAACUUAGACUAAAACAUGCAUUCCGACUUUGUCCGAGACUAUAGACAUAUGAUUUAUAUUUACGUGUUAUACAUUUUUAUCGUUUUACAAAGCUCGCCGUACCAAUUUCUGUUGCGUGGUUAGGUAAGCCCAAACAUUCCUAAGAUCUGUAUAGGACGUUGAUCUAGGUAUAGAGACUAGUACAUAAUUGAGUAAUAAAGGAAUUGUUGUUCGGCGCCGGAGCGCUCGCCGCGAACGCUCGGCGCUCGCUCGGGACGCUCCGGCGAUCUUCCGUAGGGUUUUAAAUUCGUUCGACAAUAAGCAAUAUACUAUAUAGAAAAAUAAUUUAUUUAUUUCGGUUAAGACUAUGUAAAAUAUAGCCGUGUUGUGUUUUAUAAUUGUCUAUUAAAUGGUAAAAUUUAUUAGUACUUUGUGGGACUCAUUGACGAUUUGCCAUAAAUGUGUGAGAUAAUGUUUCUGUUGUUAAUUUUUAAUUAUUGAUAAUCUCAUCAGUUGAUAUCGAGCCUCUUACGAAAUGUAAAUAAUGAUAUUGCGUUCAUCUUAUCUUGUGAUGUAUAUUGUAAACGAAAUUAUUAUGAUCAUUCGAUACGAAUAUAAAUAUGUAUUAUAACUAUAUAAUAGAGACAAAGAUGUCUUUGUGAAUAUUACAUCACAUUAAUUAACGAAAAAUUACAUAAUCUACAAAAAUACUUGUAUGAGAAUUGAUAUAAUGUAAAAAGGUAUAAAUCUGUCAAUAUUAAGAAUAAUAUAUGAGAGUAAGAAGAUGAAAUAUUUUUGUAUUGGGAUUAUUAUAGUUAUUAGACAGUCGUCUGACAUUAGUUGAAAAAUAUUGUGUAAAAAUAAAUGAACGAUGAAAACAAAA